AUGUCGACGGCAACCACGACGGAUCCACAACACCAUAUCCUUAUUGUCGGUGCUGGGCUGGGAGGCCUAAUGCUCGGUGCCUCUCUGGAGCGAUGCAACAUCCCCUACACCAUCUUUGAACGAGCAUCCACCGUCAAACCCUUAGGAUCGGCAUUGAGUGUUGGAGGACAGAUCAUGCCGGUAUUUGAGCAACUGGGUCUGUAUGAAAAGUAUGUCGAUAUGGCCAAGCCGUUCACCAUGUCGACAGAUAUUCGCGAGUCAGGAGAGUCCCUUCCAGCCCUGGAUCUCAAAGUCGCCGAGGACAUGUGUGGUUACUCAGGAUAUAUCGUCGCUCGACCACUCCUCUACGAUCUCCUCCUCUCCCAAAUCCCAAAACACAAGAUCCUCUUCAACAAACGCGUUCUCACUAUCUCGGAAAAGGAGGAAAAAGUCACCAUCCAGACAAGCGACAACUUCAUUUAUGAGGGGGGCAUCCUUGUCGGGGCUGAUGGUGCCUACAGCGCAGUUCGUCAGAGACUUUAUGAUGUGCUGAAGAAAGAGGGCAAGUUACCCAAGAGCGACCAAGAGGAUCUUCCUUUCAACUGCACUUGUCUUGUUGGACAGACAGAGCCCCUAGAUGUGGACAAGUUCCCACAACUAAAGGAUCCUAAGCACCCUUUUAUCAACACCCUCGGCGACAACAAGCCCUUCACUAAUUCGGAAUGGGGUCCACAUGCAGCCCAGACAAUGUGCGACCAGACUCGCGAUUUUCCUAUCCCCUUCGGCAAUGGAAAGCUGACACUUGGAGAUAUGUACGACAUGACGCCUAAGGAUCAGAUCUCCAAGGUCAUGCUGGAAGAGAAAAUCUUCAAGACCUGGUACCAUGGACGCACCGUGCUCUUGGGGGAUGCGUGCCACAAGCUACACCCUUCUGGUGGCCAAGGUGCCAUCACAGCAAUGCAUGAUGCGAUAGCGCUCGCAAACCUGAUCUACGCUCUCCCCACAAACACAUCCAAGGAUAUCGAACACGCAUUCGAAGAGUACAAAGCCGAACGCCUCCCACCAGUGAUCGAAGCCGCAAAGGGCAGUCAACUCCUAAGCCUACUUCUGAACCGUGGCUUCCUGGGUACACUGGCGCUACUUUUUCUAAAGUACAUGCCUCGGUGGUUGUGGUUGAAGUUUGUCGAGGGUAUUGUUGCAAAUAGACCGACGCUUGGGUUUCUGAGCGAGGUUGAGAAUAAGGGGUCGAAACCUGCAAGUGUUUCUCCGAGUACCGAAAAAGCCAGGAAAGUCUACAACAAAAGUGUCAGUGCUGCUGCUGCCGUGUGA